AACGUGUGCAGGAACUAGUAAUUUAUUAACGGAUGAAAAGUCACAAAAACACGGAGCCGUGAGCCUCUUCCAAUUCUCCUCCGGUAAGAGAGGCCGUCCAGGUGUAAGGGUUUCUUCAAAGCCGGCCUAAUAAAAGGCAGACGCUUGUCCUCCGAUUUCGCGUCUCUGUUCGGAUUGCUAUCUCUAAACUUCUUUACUUAUUUGCGUCUUGCCGUCGAAUUAGGUUCAGAUUUUCUUGGCCCGUUCUUUGCUUCCGAUCAGACCCUAGGGCUUUCUCAUAAUCUUUAAGCAUUCGGUUCAAAAUCUCAUUAAAUUUGUGGGUUCCGUUUCCGGCUUUCAGGAAUUCCGCUUUAAUCAAAUCGCAGCUGUCUGUAUGAACUAGGGUUGUUGAAUUUUGAAUUUGUCGCGCUUCUUGUACAAUGCCGCCGUUCUUGCCUACCUCAAAGGCGGUGGGUUCGAUUUUAUUGCGUCAAAGUGUGAUCAGACAUUUGACAGGGUCUACCAAGAACUGCGGGCCGUCGUGGAAAGCCAAUCGGAUCCAAUGCUUGAGUAGCAUUGCGGGGAUCGAGACCCCGUUAGGCCAUAGUUCUACUGGGGCUCACAAGGAUUAUAAUUUUUCGUUGGGAAGCGUGUUUAGCGGUAGUGGUGUUCAAACAAGGCGAUUUCUUGGUUGCGGAGAUGGGGAAGAAGGCAAUGUUUUAUCCAAAGUAUACGAGGAGAGGCGUGUUUUAGGGUACUCUCCAGAACAGUUGUUUGAUGUGGUUGCCGCAGUGGACUUGUAUGAAGGUUUUGUCCCUUGGUGUCAGCGAUCACAAGUAAUGCAACGCCAUCCUGAUGGAUCAUUUGAUGCUGAGUUGGAGAUAGGUUUCAAAUUUCUUGUUGAAAGUUACGUUUCACAUGUAGAACUAAUCAGACCAAAGUCUGUAAAGACAACUGUGUCAGAAAGUUCCCUUUUUGACCAUUUGAUAAACAUUUGGGAAUUUAAUUCGGGGCCAAUUCCAGGAACCUGCAACCUAUAUUUCUUGGUUGAUUUUAAGUUUCAGUCUCCACUGUAUCGACAGGUGGCCUCAAUGUUCUUUAAGGAGGUGGUUUCUCGCCUUGUUGGUUCAUUCAGUGAGCGCUGCCGUCUGGUGUAUGGACCUGGAGUCCCAAUUCUUGAGAACUCUUAUGAGCAAAGUGUGUGAAAAUUUAUUUUGUUCAAGCAGGCCUGCUGGGGAACCUCCGUGCGGUACCAUUCCAAUCACACAGCUGAAUAUAAAUCCAAUAUUGUCAUAUAAUAUAUAUUCAUUGAGUAGUCCCUGUUUUGUUGCUGCUGCGUGACCCUGCCCAUUGCUAUUGAGCUUUGGGAAUUGUAACUUGGAGUAUGAAAAUCUCAUUUAGCCAUCUCAUUUAAUUAAAUUUAUAUUUUAGUUGAUUGUUUUCCAA